UUUCCCAAACAAAGCUCCCGGGCAACUUUCUCCCUCGCAGCGCCCCGCCCGCCCGCGGCUCCCCAGCCCCAGGCCGGGAGGUAGGAAGGCGCCGGCGGGAGUCGGGGAUCCAGCUUUGGGGCCCAAAUGGGGGAACCCCGGGCUGGGGCCCCCCUGGACGAUGGCAGUGGCUGGACGGGAAGUGAGGAAGGAAGUGAGGAGGGCACCGGCGGCAGCGAGGGGGCUGGGGGAGAUGGGGGUCCAGACGCAGAAGGUGUGUGGAGCCCAGACAUCGAGCAGAGCUUCCAGGAGGCCCUGGCCAUCUACCCGCCAUGUGGCCGGCGGAAAAUCAUCCUGUCUGAUGAAGGCAAGAUGUAUGGUCGGAAUGAACUGAUUGCCCGCUACAUCAAGCUGAGAACAGGGAAGACCCGGACUCGCAAACAGGUCUCUAGUCACAUCCAGGUUCUGGCUCGAAGGAAAUCAAGGGAGAUCCAGUCCAAGCUCAAGGCCUUGAAUGUGGACCAGGUCUCCAAGGACAAGGCUUUCCAGACCAUGGCCACCAUGUCGUCAGCCCAGCUCAUCUCAGCACCUUCCCUGCAGGCCAAACUGGGUCCUGCUGGUCCCCAGGCUUCUGAGCUUUUCCAGUUUUGGUCAGGGGGCUCUGGCCCCCCCUGGAAUGUUCCAGAUGUGAAGCCAUUCUCACAGACACCGUUCUUGUCACUGACCCCCCCAUCUACUGACCUCCCAGGGUACGAGCCUCCCCAAGCCCUGUCACCCCCUGCCCUGCCCCCACCUGCCCCAUCACCCCCAGCCUGGCAGGCUCGGGCCCUGGGCACUGCCCGGUUGCAGCUGGUGGAGUUCUCAGCCUUUGUGGAACCGCCCGAUGCAGUUGAUUCUUACCAGAGGCACCUGUUUGUACACAUCAGCCAGCACUGCCCCAGCCCUGGCGCCCCCCCCCUCGAGAGUGUGGACGUCCGGCAGAUCUAUGACAAGUUCCCAGAGAAAAAGGGUGGCCUUCGGGAGCUGUACGAUCGCGGGCCCCCUCACGCCUUCUUCCUGGUCAAGUUCUGGGCGGACCUCAACUGGGGCCCGAGUGGCGAGGAGGUAGGGACCAGUGGCAGCAGCGGUGGCUUCUAUGGAGUGAGCAGCCAGUACGAGAGCCUGGAGCACAUGACCCUCACCUGUUCCUCCAAGGUCUGCUCCUUUGGCAAGCAGGUGGUGGAGAAGGUGGAGACGGAGCGUGCCCAGCUGGAGGACGGGAGGUUUGUGUACCGCCUGCUGCGCUCACCCAUGUGUGAGUACCUGGUGAAUUUCUUGCACAAACUGCGACAGCUGCCUGAGCGCUAUAUGAUGAACAGCGUCCUGGAGAACUUCACCAUCCUCCAGGUGGUGACAAACAGAGACACCCAGGAGCUGCUGCUCUGCACCGCCUACGUCUUUGAGGUCUCCACCAGUGAGCGAGGGGCCCAGCACCACAUUUACCGUCUGGUCAGGGACUGAAAGGGGACCCCAAAAGUGGCACACUCCCCCCCCCCCCCCCGGAAUACCCACCUCCCAGGAAGGACCUCCAGCUUUCUUCGUGCUUGUUUGGGGAGGGGGCUGCUCCGUGUUAGAGGGGACCUUAAAGCUGGGUGGUGAGUUGAAAAGAUGGAUCCUGAUAUUGGGACCUCACAGUGGUGUCUGAAAGGACAGAUCACUCCAGAGCAUCAGGGACUGGGGACAGGAAUGAGACAACCCCGAGGUACAGCACUGGUUUCUCAGUCUCUAACAGGCACCCCACCCCCCAACUUGGUUCUGGAUGUUUUGGAGGGCCUUAGAUAUGUCGGUUUGUCCCUCUGUUUUUCAGCAAUCCCCUCCCCCUUUCCCAACCUGCCUCUCCUUACCACCCCCACCACCACCCUGUGAUCAAAUAUUGAAGGUUAACCCUUUGUGCAGGAGCAGAGCCAGGUGGGCCCUGGAAAUAUUUUUUUUUAAUAUAACAAGAGAUAUUUAUAAGUGGGUAUUAGGGUCGUGACUUUCUCUCAGCAGGGCAAGCAGUGGGGUGAGGCUUUUAAAUCUCACCCUCUCCUCAAUAAGACGUGGGCUAUAAUACUGUGUUGCCUCCCCUCACCCGCAAAGUGUGUUGGUUUGUGUUUUGACAGAGGAUAAAACUAUUUUACCAAAA